UUGUUUAUAAGCACUUUAUUACAGGCAGCAGCUAUUUCAGGAAUAAUAAUGGAGUUAGAGAUGGAAAUUAACACACAUGACGUAAAAUAAACUGCUGUGGAAGAGGAGCUUCAAAUCUAAAACCGCGUGCCGUAAUUAUUACAAAUGAAAUAAAAAUAAUAAAUUAUAUGGUUGCUGUUCUCUUCCCGGCCACGAGGGGGAGCAGUGGUGCUGAGCACGUCUGCUGCGAGUCCCGCUGUAGAAGAGCCGCCGUCCAAUGGAGGAGAGGCGCUGAACACAAACACGGCGGGCGGUGAUGGCAGUGGUCCGGUUCAUGGUGAUGUUCGAUGAUGAGUCGGUGGACGUCUCGUUCACGGACGGGUCUCGUCUCCAGCUGUCGCCCUGCGGGUCAGAGUACGUUCUGGAGACAGCUCCUCCUGCUCACCCUCUGCACAAGAGGAGACGAGUGAGACACAGGACCAGGUUCACUAUCAGCGAGCACAGGGCUUUGCUGGUUGAUGCCUUGAACUUCAGGAAUAAGUACGCAGCGCAUCCGUAUCUACCCGAAGAGCUCGUUCCUGAAGACCAGAAGGAGAAGCUUGGGGCUGAGGUCUCUGAGGUUGAGUGGCCUUCAGCAGGCUCCUGCAGCAUCAGCCACAGCUCAGCUGGCGACAUAACCGUGUGCUCAGUGGACGGUCAUGCGCGGCUGGUGCUGUCCAGCUGCGGUCAGGAGUUUACGGUGGAGUUCAUGUGCAGGAGCAGCUGGAAUGAAGAACGUCCUCAGGAGCCUCAGGAUCUGAGAUCAGCACCGGCUCCGUCUACAGCAGCCAGACAUCUACGUUCAUCAGAGAACGAGGACGCUGCAAGGUCAGCGAGGAGGUUCACACAUACUUGUGUGGUCCAGCACCACUCUGGACUUCAUCACCAUCACACCUGGAGGUACCCCCUCUCUGUAGCUCUCAGCCAAUGGGAAGCCCAGAGAGCUCAGUGCAGUGAUGCUAUUGGACAGCAGAGGGGUGCUGGGGUGGAGGGGGGGUUAGACCACGCCCUCACACCAGUCUCUCAGGCUACGGUGAAGUGUGAUCUUCCUCGUCCUCUCCCGCUGACCUGCCCCUGCCCUCACCAGCACAGGUGGCGGUAUGGCAGCGGAGCGGAGGAUUGGCCAGAAUUGGACGCUUCCGCAGAGCUGGUGAAAGUGGUGUGGUGCCACGGAGUCGUUUACCGGCUGAUAGGUGGCGCUGUGCCAGUGGUGGAGGUUUCUCUCGGGGAUGGAUCAGUGAUCAGGUCUAAUGGAGUUCUAGCUGAAUACUUCACCCACUACAGACCCUCACCUUCUACUGCGGUGGAGACUGUUUACUACCUCAAUGGGCUUCCACCUGACCUACCUGGACAGACCUACUCAAUUAGGAGCGUGGUGACCAGAGCCAGCAGAAUCCUGCAGUGCUACAAACAGGCCAGCACCUCCACCAUGUCCAUAAUGCCUCAGUGCUGCUGGAGGAGGCAGGCGGAGGUGAAGGAGUGUGCAGGUGUUGUCUUGGAGUUGCAGGUGGCAGGUACAGGCCAGUUUCAGGCUCUCUCGGACGGCACUGCCCACAUCACCUUUCUGGACGGAGUUCAGGUGCAGAUGCUGUGGAACACACACACACCAGCACAGAAGCAGGAGCUUUUCAGUGGAGGGGUGGGGCCGGAGCUGUGCCAGCUCACUCUGCCUGAUGGCCAACAGCACCUGCUGCAGGUAGAUGUGGGUGGAGCCUAUGAAAGGUAUGUGGCCGUAGCGGGACAGUGGCGUCAGUGGGUGAAGCAGAAUUUACUGAGCGCCAGCAACUACGACCGCACUGAACCCCAGACUGACCGGCCAAUAGACAGCAGGUCUGUGCUGACUGAGCUCCAGAAGAUCCGGAGAUUUAACUUUCUCCUGGACAAUAGCUCCAUUCUGAAUUCUCCAAGUGACCCAUCUCAGAGUUUCAGGCUGACUUCUGAUCACUCUGACCUCACCAUCACCAACGACAGUGUCUCUCAGGCUCUGCAGAAAACCACUAAAGCCAUCCAGGACAUAAACGCUCUACUGGCCCAAAACCAUUAAAGCCAUCCAGGACAUGAACCCUGUACUGGCCCAAAAGCCUCAAAGACAACUAAGACAUAAAUGUUGCACUGGUCGAAAACCGCCAAAGCCUUCCAGGACAUAAGUGAACUCCUGGCCCAAAACCACUAAAAACAUCCAGGACAUAAAUGCUGUAUUGGUCCAAAACCAGUAAAAAUAUCCAGGAUUUUAAUGCUUUACUGGUCGAAAACUGCCAAAGCCAUUCAGGACAUAAGUGAUCUCCUUUCC